GGCGGCGCCCGGCGGGUUGCCAUGACGCCGGCUGAUGCGGCCAUGAGGUGGCGGCUGCUACUGGUGCUGAGUGCAGUGGGGCUGGGGGCCACGGGCGUCCCACAGCCCCCCAACAUCCUGCUCCUGCUCAUGGACGACGCAUACCUUGGAGACAUUGCAGAUCUGGUUCCAGACCACUGCCAUAGAGCGAAUAUCGCAAUAAAACGAGUUGUGAUCUUUUUGCUGCUGGAGGAUCUUGUCUUCAGUUUGUAAAAACGCAACACCUGUGAAGCACAAUAAAGCGAAGUGCAAUGAAACGAGAUGGGGUGGGGCGACCUAGGAGUAUACGGAGAGCCUUCCAGAGAGACCCCGAAUUUGGACCGGAUGGCCGCCGAGGGCAUGCUUUUCCCGAACUUCUACACAGCCAACCCGCUGUGCUCACCAUCAAGGGCGGCCCUGCUCACUGGCCGUCUGCCCAUCCGCAAUGGCUUCUACACCACCAACGGGCAGGCCCGGAAUGCCUACACGCCCCAGGAGGUCGUGGGCGGCAUCCCAGACACCGAGCUCCUCCUGCCUGAGCUGCUGAAGGGGGCCGGCUACGUCAGCAAGAUCGUGGGCAAGUGGCAUCUGGGCCAUAGGCCUCAGUUCCACCCCCUGAAGCAUGGAUUUGAUGAGUGGUUUGGAUCCCCCAACUGUCACUUUGGACCUUAUGACAACAGGGCCAGGCCUAACAUCCCCGUGUACCGGGACUGGGAGAUGGUUGGCAGAUUUUACGAAGAAUUUCCGAUUAACCAGAAGACUGGAGAAGCCAACCUAACCCAGAUCUAUUUACAGGAAGCCCUGGAUUUCAUUAAGAGGCAGCAGGCAGCUCAGCGCCCCUUCUUUCUCUACUGGGCCAUCGACGCCACACAUGCACCUGUUUAUGCUUCUAAGCCUUUCUUGGGCACCAGUCAGCGAGGGCGGUAUGGGGACGCUGUCCGGGAGAUCGAUGACAGUGUGGGGAAAAUCCUGAGCCUUCUUCAGGACCUGAGGAUCACAGAGAACACGUUUGUUUUCUUCACCUCUGACAACGGUGCUGCCCUCAUUUCUGCUCCCAAACAAGGCGGUAGUAAUGGCCCCUUUCUGUGCGGGAAGCAGACCACAUUUGAAGGUGGAAUGAGGGAGCCUGCAAUCGUGUGGUGGCCCGGACGCAUCCCUGCAGGCCAGGUGAGCCACCAGCUGGGCAGCGUCAUGGACCUCUUCACCACCAGCCUGUCCCUCGCGGGCCUGGAGCCGCCCAGCGACAGGGUGAUUGAUGGCCUCAACCUCCUCCCUGCCAUGCUGCAGGGCAAGCUGAUGGACAGGCCCAUAUUCUAUUACCGUGGCAACACGCUGAUGGCGGUCACCCUGGGCCAGUACAAGGCCCACUUCUGGACCUGGACCAACUCAUGGGAGGAGUUCAGACAGGGCAUUGAUUUCUGCCCUGGGCAGAACAUCUCAGGAGUCACCACCCACACGCAGGAAGAGCACACGAAGCUGCCCCUGGUCUUCCAUCUGGGACGAGACCCAGGGGAGAGGUAUCCCCUCAGCUUUGCCAGCACCGAGUACCUGGACGUCCUUCGCAGGAUCACCCCAGUCGUUGAGCAGCACCAGGAGGCCUUGGUCCCUGGACAGCCCCAGCUCAACGUGUGCAACCAGGCGGUCAUGAACUGGGCACCCCCAGGCUGUGAAAAGUUGGGAAAGUGCCUGACGCCACCAGAAUCUGUCCCCAAGAAGUGCUCCUGGCCCCACUAGCACCUGCUUAGGGUCAGAACAGGCCCGGUGCCUCCCACUGGCCCUGCAAGUGCCUGGGGGGUAGGAAGGGUCUGGCCUCAGGGCUCCCACACUGGAGAAGCCCCAACUGCCCUCUGCCCUGCCCACCACCGGAGAGACGUCACCUGCAACCGUGGAGCGGAACCUGCAAGGCUACAGCACCUGGCCCUGGAGUCAUUCCUCAGCCCUCCUCCUGGCUGCCUGACCGUGACACCCCACAUCAGCUGCUGCCUUCAGGUCUCAGUACUCCUACCUGGCUCCCAUCCUCCCACUCAACUCCUGCCACCUCCCGGCUGGCCUUGUCCGGGGCCUGGCCUCCAUUCCCAGGUGCAGGGGGCGUGACUCACCACAGCUGCCCCCAGCUGCCCCUCCAGCACUUCUGCCCAGUGUCAAGGGAGGCUAUGCCAAUCCUGUGUUGAGCCCCUUGGUGCUGCACAGAGGGGGCACCCCAGCUCCACCUCCCUGCACCACCCCACAUGGAGGGGGAGGAGGCAAAGGGCUUCCCUAAUCCAGAUUCUCAACAGCUAACACAUCCCCCACCCAGUGGGGACAGCUGAUGCCGCUGCUUCCCUGAGGACAGGAGGGAACAGAGCACCCUCGAUUUUCCACCUUGCUUAGGGAUCUAGACCCCUACCCCCAGCACACUAUGAGGUGUGUCUGCUCCUCACACCCCCGCCCACCCUCCUCCCCACGGCACCUGGUGUGGCAAAGCAUGAGCAUAAGCCCUUUGGCCCACAUCACAAGAGCCCGAACAA